AUGGCCAGAAAGUACAGGUCAUGUGCAACCAGCGCACUCUUACCGAUGCCACCACUCCGGAGAAGUUCAAGGAGUUCUAUCGUCUUCUCCGUCGGGGGGAUGCCUUCUGUAUGUAUACAGUACACUAGCAAAAAAGCACGGGUUAGACACAAACUGAACAAGAUCAAUGCAGCCGUCACAGGGAGGCCGCAUCGUACCGGACGAGGAGAGCUGACCGUGCUGGCGACGGAACUGCCGAAGCUGCUGUCACCUUCUCUGCACGAUGUUCCUGUUGAUGCCCACGAGCACGAGAAUUCGCCUUACCCUCGCCACGUCCAGUUUCUCGCCGAUCCACGGACGGCAGAUACGCUGAAGGUGCGGUCGGCGGUUAUACAGUAUAUUCGUCAGUUUUUUCUCGACCGCUCUUUCAUCGAGGUCAACACCCCCAUCAUCGCCGGCGAGGCUGGCGGAGCGGCGGCACGACCGUUUCAUACUUCAGCCACCGAGUUUCCUGAGAAGCAACUAUCUUUGAGGAUUGCCCCGGAGCUGUGGCUGAAGCGCCUGGUGGUGGGAGGGUUUGACAAGGUCUUUGAGAUUGGGCCAUCGUUUCGCAACGAAGGGCUCGACAAAACCCACAAUCCAGAGUUCACUACAUGUGAAUUCUAUCAUGCUUACGCCAAUCUCGAGGAACUUAUGUCCAUGACUGAGGAGCUGUUGUCUGGCAUGGCUUCGCAUAUUCGUCAGUUCAAAGAAAACUUGCAAUCUGGCCUGAAAGACCCCGAGGUGGAUUUCUCGACGCCUUUCCGUCGAAUCGACUUCAUCCCGGCGAUCGAAGAGGCGAUCGGUCGUGGUCUGCCCGACCUUACCACCCCCGACGCAGUCGAGGAGCUAAAGCGACUGUUCGAGGAUCUCUCGCUGCCUCUUCCCGACCAGCCCUCCCUCCCUCGGCUCAUGGACAAGCUGUGUGCGACCUACCUGGAGCCUCAAUGUCAGAGCCCCACGUUUAUCGUCAAUCCGCCGGAGUGUCUCUCCCCGCUUUCCAAGUCGUUCACGCAUUCGUCGUGUAAUCAACGGGUGGCAGCUCGCUGCGAGCUGUUCAUCCAGGGACGGGAGUACGUCAACGCGUACGAAGAGGAGAAUUCGCCCUUUGAGCAGCGGCGCAAGUUCCAGGAGCAGCUGCUUUACAACGAGGCGGGCGAGAUCGACGAGAACUACCUGCAGGCUCUAGAAUGGGGGUUGCCCCCGACUGGAGGCUGGGGCUGCGGUAUCGACCGGCUGUGCAUGCUGUUCACGAACGCGAAGAGGAUCAGCGACGUGUUGCCGUUUGGGAACCUGCGGGCAGUAACGCGGCGAGUCGAAUCUGCUGGUUCGGUUGAUGAGAAGGAAUAA